AAAUGCGGAAGUGGAUCGCAAGAACUUUUUCUCAUUCUUUUUCAGUGCGUCGGCCCCAAGACCGAAGCUACCUGCACAUUGUCCAUGUGAGCGAGCUCAAGGAGCGAUAAAUAUGGGAUUUGUAAAAGUUGUAAAAAACAAAGCGUACUUCAAGCGGUACCAAGUAAAAUAUCGAAGACGACGGGAAGGCGUGACCGAUUAUUUUGCGAGAAAACGGCUCGUCGUUCAAGACCGCAACAAGUACAACACCCCUAAGUAUCGCAUGAUCGUGAGGUUUACGAACAAGGACAUUAUUACUCAGAUAGCGUACGCCCGAAUUGAGGGAGAUGUUGUCAUAUGCGCUGCAUAUGCACAUGAACUUCCAAGGUACGGUGUCAAGGUCGGGUUGACCAACUACUCCGCUGCUUACUGCACUGGCUUGUUGUUGGCCAGGAGGUUGCUUACCAAAUUUGGAUUGGAUAAAAUCUACGAAGGACAAACAGAGAUUGAUGGUGAUGAAUACAAUGUUGAAGACAUUGAUGGCCAACCGGGUGCAUUCAGAGCAUUCUUGGAUAUUGGUCUUGCCCGUACCACUACCGGUGCACGAAUAUUCGGUGCAAUGAAGGGAGCUGCUGACGGUGGUCUCGACAUUCCCCACUCAGUGAAAAGGUUCCCAGGUUACGAUGCCGAGAGCAAGGAGUUCAAUGCUGAGGUUCAUCGUAACCACAUCUUCGGACAACACGUCAGCGAGUACAUGACAAGCUUGGAGGAAUCGGAUGAAGACGCUUUUAAACGUCAAUUCUCCCAGUACAUUAAGAACGGGAUUACAGCUGAUGGGGUUGAAGAGAUGUACAAGAAAGCGCACGCUUCUAUUCGUGAAGACCCUACACCUAAAGCUAAGGUGGAAAAACAGGUCCCAAAGAAGAGAUGGAACCGCGCCAAGUUGACCAAGAGUCAACGAGAGGACCGUGUCCGACAAAAGAAGGCGUCAUACCUUCGCGCAAUUGGCGCAGGGGACAACUAAACUGGUUGCCGCAUUGUUUGGUGACGUCAUCACAUAUUAUGACGUCAUCAGUGACUCGCGGUGGAGGCGACCAGAAUAAAUUAAAAAUCUUAACCUUGAA